AGCAGGCUUUGGAUAUAUUUUUUUCGGAGCUUCCUAUACAGCUUCUACACCCCAAGAAAGAACCUGUAAAAAGCGCACUCUCGUCGAGUUGAGCCCCGUAUUGAGCAGUAGUAGAUACCACAAUGAGAUGAAACGUACCCCGUAGUUGUACAGGUAUGCGACGCGUGUUGUGAAAUUUCUUUGAGUAGACUAGUUUGACUUUUUGGGAAGACAGAGUUUGUAUACGCGGUACAUGAGCAUUGUUACUCUUAACGUUUAUUAGGUCAAAAACAAAGUUUCCACUCAGGAAUUGAUAAGGAUGAGUUGCCAUUCGCCCCGUGGCUUUGUUCGACUGUGAAAUCCGAGAAAAAAUCCAAAAAACGAAGACCAGCUUUUCAAGAAGACGACGGGUCAACGAGAGGCGCACGUCAACAGUCGAAAUGGAUGCGGCGCAUAAUCGACGUGCAUUGUUCUUGGUGCGCGCAUUCUGGGUGAAGAUAGCAUAGACGAUUCGAGGAUAUUUUCCCAGUGGCAUUAGAAGCAGUGGCGCUAGCAAGUGCCGAAGCCCCUGUGCAGAAGAGGGCUUUUAUGUCCUUCUGGAGGUGGUCGACGUUGGUGAUGCUGAGUAGUCCCGUUUGAUCAUUCGAAAAGAUGAACGCAUCACCAAAGGGCUGGACCAAGUCGGGCAGUCCCGCCUUGCGGACGCGCACGUCUUCGAAGGGCCUGCUAGGAGGCGGUCGCGGACUUGCAUCGGCACCGGCACCCAAAAUUAAGGCUCAAAGUAAUUCAUUUUCAAGGGUGAUUUUCUUCGAUUUCCUUAUUGGGAAUUUGAAGAAAUGAACUGAAGAAAUGAACGGUUUGAGCUCUAACAAAAGUAUUUUUUCACUGGACUACUGGCGUGGUUCACCGGGUUUUCAUUUUCUGGGAGCCUCCGACGGCCUCCCGACGAGCGGUUUUCUCCCGGCCACUUCGGUGAAGCCUGGUGGGCGUACCAGUAUUACGUUGCCUGGUGGGGCAAUAGGCGGAGGCGGAAGCAAAACGAACGUGAAAAAUCAAAUCGCCAGUCAUGCGGGGCAACUUAGUGAUGCGCUUUUGACGGAAAGAGCGCUCAGCUGGAUUCGCUAUGGGCUCUUAGUCCUUCUAAUCGUCCUUGGAGGCAUGAUGCUGCUGGGCAUGCUCUUCAUGCCGUUUUUCACGAUACUCUUCCUUAUGGUUACUUUGCUCGCUCUCUUCUCGAUCUUUGCGGAGGAUUCAACGCUUAUGGUCCUUUCUCGGCAGAUGGAAAGCAUGAAGGACGCGGUCGACGUAGAAACGACCGCCGAACCAACGCGCAGCGCGUCAAAUACUAGAAGUGGAUUUGUCAGCACCUCCGCAUCAUCUUCGAGCGGGAAACAAGGCACUGGUGCAUCAUCUUCGAGUAAGUCGACUGCAGGAGGAAAAACGCAUCAUCUUCUGAAAGGAGCCACGAUUGCUACAGCUGGACGACCCGUGUUAUGUUGACACAACUACUACUUAGUACUUAUAUUCGAACAGCAAGUGAAGUCGUGACUGUUAGUCUCAUAAAUCAACCGCAUGGAAGUGAAAGAACAAGAACGUUCUUUUUCUGUAACAGAUAUUCUUAGACUAGUCAAUAUCAACGCACACAUCGUGAGCGGACGAUGGGAAAGCUAGUGUUGAGUUUGACUUUUUGAUGGCUUUCAUUUUCCGGAAGUAAGCGAUGUAGCGCCUGCCACUGGACGUUGUGGCAAGUCAGACGUGGUCUGUUGUGGAGUAAGCGCAUGAGGUUGCAGCUCGGAGAUGAGAUGGUCAUGGCGAUCGUCAUGAUGGCGAUGGUGGUACUUACUUCUAUGCUAAAGAAUGACUAUCUCAGGUGCAAUGAUAAUGAUUCCGUGCUUUAAUCUGAUGCUCUUGGUGGAUCGUCAUCGAGAAAUACUGAAUCUGAAAGAGCAGUGAUAUCGAUAUCAGUUUUCAUUUCGAUGGCGCAUUUAUGUUUCUAGUCCGUAGUAUCAUAAUGAUUAGCCCCUGACGUCGUGUUUACAUUGAUUUUCUUUCUGCGUCACUCGGUAUCCACUGCUUGACAUAAACAAAGUUUGAAAAAUUAGAUAAACUUGUCUCGUCCUCUCUCAGAUAACUUUUUUCGUUCCGUCGGACAGUCCUACCUACUCCCACGACUCGCCGAUCCACCAUUCUGGUGUUGUUUUUGCCAUGCUCUGUCUCUGCCCUGUGAUCGUAUUCUCGUACACAAGCAUCAUGCGGGAAUCUAGUCUGCUGAAGCACGCGCAGAGCAUACGGAGUACAAGUCUAGCCACGACGAGUCCAGAGGUGCAAGAAAUGAAUGCGGAAAUCCAGCGCCUCUUGCAGGAAAGGGACUACUUCAAAAGCAGCAAGGUUUCGUACCUCGCAAGCUGGUUUUUGGCGCUCUUUCGAAAAACCGGACAGCGAGAACAGGAAAGUAGCAACUAAACUAUAACGUAGUAAAACUCUGCAUAAGUUACACAUAGUACUACUAGUUGUAGUUUGUGGUCUUUAGUCUACAAGACUAGUUCUCAUCAGGUAAGAUCCACCAGAUUUUCGUGGACGCGCACGACAAGUUGCUUCUGCAGACCGGUGGUAUCGAUAUUUUCAACGCCCUUGUGCAGACUUGUGACUUGGAGAUCUUGUUGGAUCGGUUGCAAGAUCGCGGCGCUGGUGACAGUAGAGGAGGCAGUCGCACACAGUUGAUCUCGUUUUUGACCGAGGACGCGGUGGAGGAACUGACGGUGCGGUCGCGGGUGUUGAUCAUCAACGCUCUACAAGUGCUUAAGUUUACGUGCUCACCGGAGGCCGAAAUUGGCGUUCAGCGGAUUAUCAUGAACACUCUGGGUGACGACUUGACGAAUUUGAAGAGUAUGACCGAUAGCAAAGGGAGCAUUCACGGUUUUUGGAAGCUAGUCUUUUCGGACUUAGGGUACGAGAGUCGGUGCCACGUGCUGCGGCACAUCUGGGAGCAGAGUACCAUGCAGGUAUACACAAGAUUGGUGCACCGGGAUCAGCACUUGCAGUAUCUGGUGAAGCGCAAGGAGCUGAUGAACGAGCCAGAGGAGGCGUGGGAGCAUAUUAUCGGAAUGGGCGGGCCUAGCACGCCGCCAAGCGCGGGGACGGUUGGCGAAUCAGGUGCGGGCUCGAUCCGCGCGACAACGACGGCUACACCAGAUCGAUUCAUGAUGCGGGAACCGGGCAGCGGGCGGAAGCGCACGCCCAGCGAGGAGAGUCAGCUCUCGGUAGAUACCGCGGAUCGAGGCGGCCCAAUAGGCAUUGAUAGCAGACAGCGGAGUGGGGCUAUGACACCGACGACACUUCGAAACUCAGCUGGAGGUCGCUUAGCCGCGCAAAAGUUAAGUUCUGCGUCUAAGUUGGGCGCCGUGACUGCGAACAAAGGAGAAAAGGACAACGACGCGGCAGACAGUGAUGCCAGCACGACGAGCACUGUGCAUAACCGUGACGGAAGUGUCACGCCGGUGCAGUCAGGCGCACGAACGCCACUGCGAUCCGUUGACUUAGGCGGUUCUCUGGGUGGGGGCGGCGCGUCAGCAACAAGUGGGAGUGGCGGCUCUGGGACGCUCAGUGGCCUCAGCGGAAGUGGCACACUAGGUGUUGGCGGUGGCAGCACUUCGUCGUUAGCACAGCAGUCUUCUGGCCUAGGAGGGCUCAAAUCCAUCGGCGAGGACGCGCAGUACUACCUGAGCAACAGCGGAGAUUACCUCUCCUUUUUAGACAUGGGCGCAGCGCAGCAGGUGUUUCAAGGGUUGCAAGCGCGGCAUCAGUGGAUGAAAAUACUUACCGAUAUGGACGACACUCUCUUGUGCUCAGGGGGUAAUCACAUUGCGGGUCUGGACAUGCGGUAUCCUCGGAAGUGCAUUUAUCCCGGAGUUACUACCUUUUACAAAGUACUAGAGUAUGGAGACGUGAGUCUGGACGCUUACUCUUUGGAUAAGUGGUACCUGUCGCCGAGCAGUCUCGCGAACCGAGUGACGCCAGCCUGUGGCAGUAGAUGGCAGACGGAUUUUCCGCAGACGGCGGACGCGCACUUUAGACGAGGGCCACUAUUUGGCGUUAUAGAAGCACCAAACACGGUCAAAGGCGGCUCUUCUACGGGUGCAACGGGAACCACUUCUACCUCUGCAUCCAGUAGUGCAACGUCCUCUUCAACUCCAGCGGCCACGAGCAGUAGUGCGACUAUGCUGAGUCGUUUUGGUAGUGUCCGUCCGGUCACGACGUCGAUCGGCGUUGGACCGGCAACCACGUCGGGCACGCCUUUACCCGGGAGCCCCCCUGCAACACCGGAUCCCCGAGGGCCAGGGGGAUUGACUUCCGGUACUGGUACUGUAGUUACUAGUACGGCACUAGGUUCAUCUACUACAAUUUCUGGCGACCUCCACGCUGGAAACAAGAUAGGUGGAGGAGGGUCAUCAUCAUCAGCUAGUGCUGGUGAAGGCGGCGCGAGUAGCCAAGUAGGAUCGGGAAAAAUGGAGGGCCGGGACUCUUCCCCGAAACGAACAGAGUCGCAGACGGACCCCAUAGUGCUGCACCAGCCAGCCACGAUUGCGGGUGGCGACACAGUGAUACAGGCAAAAAUCGCCAGCAUCACUGCCGCGUUCGCAGCUGCGGAGUUAGAAGCCUGUGAAGGAGGAGCAGCAAAAAAGCUUCCUAGUGGUGCUGGUGAACAGGAAGGUGCUGUAACUAUGUAUCCAGAUGACCCUUUGGCGCAGGAUGUGAACAACGACGACAGUGGCUACGGUUCCUAUGACGAAGACAGCGCUAGCGUGACUCCGAACGACGGCGGCGUCCCAAGACCCGACAAUGGGCCAAGAGACGGCUCCGAGGGCACCGGGAGUCCUGACGUGCUUGCGAGUACCAAUCAGUCUGGGUCGAGCUUCGCGUCUUCACCUGACACUCCCCCACUCCAGUCUCCGCAAAGCGACGUGGCCGAUGGAGAGGCUCUGGGUUCAACGCAGGUGGCAGGUUUGUCUCCUGGGUCGGAUCUUGGGGAAUUAUCUGAGGAGCAUCAACAUUCUAGCGCAGCCGCUAACAAGAUGCUUUCACCCCUGCCCGUUCAGUCAACUCUAACUAUUGCGGGUCGUCGUACUAGCCUUGAUUCCGCAAGCAGCCCUCCAAUGUCACCUGCUCCGACGAUGGGCAAGGCCGAAGCCUUAGAGAAAACUUCGUCCAGUACUACUAGUACUACGGGAGAACCAAUACCGACUCAGACGCGUGGUUUGGUAAUCGGGUUAGCAUCAGACUCAAUGACAGGAGACGAAGUGGACGACGACGACGCGUUAAGCCCACCAAUAACGCCCAAAGGCAAUGUGGAGGACGACUCGCCGGGAAGCGAAGAGUAUUGACAAUGUUUUUUCUUGCACUACUACUGCUCACUAACUGCUUACCUAAUACUUGGGCCUUACUCUAAAUGUCGCAGAUCUGCAUGAGAUAAACAUAAAUCCUCAUCAGGUCUUCUACACGACAGCUUGAGGAGCGCUUGGAUUGUAAUUUUGGGCAUCUGGUUGGCUUCUCCUCGCGACCGCAUAUCGUAGGGGAUUUGAUGGAGUCGCAUCUUUUCGAGUAUUUUGCCAAGAUGCAGCGCGAAAACGGCCUACACUGUAUGCCUGCACUGUUGCCAGGCGGAAUCGGGACGGCAGCGCAGUUCGUAUGGCACGGUGAUUUCGGCCCAUUAGGAGACAAAAAAUACGAGAACUUCACGCAAUACCAGUCCUUGUAUCCCGAGUUCAAAUGGAUCUUUCUCGGGGACAAUGGGCAAGCCGAUUACUACACUGCCACAAAAAUGGUAUUCAUCUGCUUGGUAGAGUAUACUCUAAAAUGAGGUGGUCCACCUACGAUAUCUGAGAUAUUUGAAGAACACUAGAAGUAUCCCGUUUGCAACGCGACGAUGAAUGCAAAUCUUCGAGUCACUCCUGAUCAGAACAGCUUCAAUCAAGUCAAAACUUCCAGUUCCGAUCCCCCCUCCAUCUUCACAUCGCAUGAUGAAGCCGAAAAUUUAGUAAAAGGUUUGACAACGUUUCGCGAAGCACGGAUGGAAAUCUCAUUUCCGGCCGUGCUUUGUAAGCCUAGAAUGAGAACACUCGUUCCGAUUUCUGAGAAUGAGAAGAUGGAGGGUUUACAAUACCAACAUUCACUUGCUGAGUGCAUUUUUCCUCUACCUCUUACGCCUGUAUGUAUACAACAGCUGGAUUGGUUUCCGCAUGUGGUAGAAACGGUAUAUAUUCAUGUGGUGCAGCCGCUAGUACGAACGUACGGAUAUUCUAAAGGGGUUCACAACAGAAGAUAUCUGGACCAGAUAUGCUAUGGCGCGGCAUUAAUAUAGUUUUGGUUUUUAUAAGAGCAAUAUGAAUAUCUAGAAGAUGCAGAUUCAGCCAGACAUUUUAAAAAGAACUCACUGCUAGCGGUUAUACAAGCAAUCCGUUUUUGAUUGAGGAAUGUCCUCUUUUUGUUGGCUGAAUUAGAGGUGUUGUAAUCGAGGAUAUGAAGCUCCUUUCAUAUUGGUUUUUACGAGGACUACAUCGAGGCGGCGCUGCACGCAUGCUGCAGACAGCGGAGCAUCUCGUGUGAGGCUCUGUGGCACGUGACGUGGAACGUGGUAAACGAAUUCGAGGCUAUCCGAAAAUGGGAUGCUGUGCCGCUAACGACGCGGCAGAAGGAGGUCGCAAGGCUGACGAAAAAUGUCCAGCGUGUAAAUGCCUUUCUGGAGGAUCUGUAUCCAAGAUAUAAGCAUCUACCCAAGAUUCGGCCGGUCCAUUUGCUAGGGUCCACGAAGCCUGCGGGAGCAGAGGGAGUAAAAUUCUGCGACGCAGCAGUCCAGACAGACGGGCAGGAAGUGGUGGAGACCGCUAAGAGCAACAUCCUAUCGGCAGUAGACGAGCUGGAGACACUCAAAAAACAAAUGGGCGACAUCGUUGGUACAGUCAUGGUUAUUACGAAGUAAGCACAUCGAAUAUUUCUUUUAUGAAGCAGGAAACUCGACACCAAUAAAUUCUUUAUUGGUAGAGGAGGCCACGGGCUGGAACUGCCGAAGAAAUGCGCAGAAGUCGGGCGCCUGGCAGAAGGAGACACCGGCCCAGAAGGUGACAGACCCGGGUUGCCCGCGCGCCCGUUCCAGCGGGCCUGUACAUGGCAGGAACCGGACGGCCGAAAAAGUUGCAAAAGCGUGGGGGGCUUUUUGGUACUUUUUCGGCCAUCGGGUCUAGACAGCAGGAGACGCCGAGCCAGAAGGCCACAGGGCGGGUGCGUUCGCGCGCUCGUCCCGGCGUGCCGGUGCACAGCAGGCACCAGACGGCCGAGAAAGCCGCAAAAGCCCUAGAUGUUUUGUGGUAUUUCUUCGGCCACUGGCCCUCUUUGGGUUGGGGAGAUGCGGGGCAAAGACCCGGGGCGAAGCGCGGGGGCUUGGCGGUGCGGCUUUUUUGCUGGGUGCAAUUUCUUGCGUGACUGGCCUGCCGAUGCCUUUCCACUUUUGAAAAGAGGAACAAAGAGCCGAAGCAGGAGGCAGGCAGUGCCAGCGCGGGCCUCUUCGAUGCGCCUGGUGCUCGCUGCUGUUGUCGAAAUCUGACACGCCGCGGACAGUUCUGGGCUACCUCUGUCUACCAUCGUGACGGCGUCGAGGGCCUCGGUCAUAUACUGGCAAUGUAUCGGAAGACGCGCCUGCGGCGCACAUUCGUCUGGCGAUGUCGCAGGUGCGUGCCGCAGCAGUGGAGCAGGCCCCGGCGCGGCCGGGUGGCCUUCGGUGUUUGGGUGAAGGGUCAGGUGGAGUACUCGCGCCGCCCCGAGGCUACAGGAGAAGAGAAAGGGAGAGGCGGAUGACAGUUUGGGAGUCGCUCUGCCCGCGGCAACGCUUAGCGGACUGAGCGGCAAAGCCCCAGAACUUGAUGGAGCACCCUGCGGGGGGUGUCGUCGGGGUGGCGCGCCGAGGCCCAUAACAUGAAGCAGGCGGGGAAUGAUCCGGCGGCGGCAGCUGGACACGCUGGAGGAGGGCGCGCAUUUGUGUGGGAGAAAGUUUAGGAAUGUAACGCCGCGCCUGGAGCUCGCCAGCAUCGGACUCCUUGGCGAGGCUCGCCGCUCGCGCACUGCCUCCCAAUGUGGAGAGCAGUGGGGCCGGGCACUUGUGGCGGGCUCGAUGCCUUCACUCUCCACGCCAGCGAAGGCUAUUGGGCUGGCUUAGCUUUGAUUCUAAGCAAGGAACAGAGACUGAAACAGGAAAGGGCGCCGGAGCCUGCCGAAAUUCUCGGAGAACAGGCACGGCCGCGCUACCAUUCGAGAAGGCAGGCGCAUGCACUUCAGCAGCGUGGACAAAUGCUGAGCAGCCUGCAAGGCCGGGGAGAGCAAUAGCGAGGGCCGCCAUAGCGUGGAGGCUUAUGCAGUUAAAAAGCUGAGAGCAGUCAUGGGCUGGCCGGCGGGAAGUGUAGGCAGAAGCUGGGCAGGUUUCUCCUGUUGCCAUAGCUGAGACCUCGGCCUCCAGUGCUGGCAGCGCGCGCGGAGUGUGCCCCGCUUGCUACGUAGCGACCCACGGCGAGCCCACCACGAAGGGGCAGCACUCAAGGAGGGAGCGAGCCUGGCGGGGCUUGGUUACUUUUGUCGCGGAAAAGUAGGGGCAGGGGGGUGUCCUACUCUUUGCGCCUCUUGCUUGUUCUUUCUAUUUAUAGGCAAUGCAAUGGGGCUGACUAGUUCUGCCUCGCUGGUCUAUUAGCAUUCGCGCAAAAGUUAGCGCACUGCGUGAGUAAAUGAUAGAUAGAUUGCUACUCAGGAUUAACUCAGGCACUUAUCAUCAACUUCAACGAAACGCACUUCAACUCACAAUGCAGGUAAGAUGGAGCGCAAGGUAGUCGGCCUCCAGGAGAGCGUGCGGUCCACAGUGAUGGAGAAUGAAUUUCUUAGAGCAGACUCUCUGCAUAUUCGGCAGACGUCGGAUGAUUUGCUCGAGGAUAGCCAAGAUCCAUCCUCCUCCAACCUCAAGGGCACAGAGAGCCAAGCAAACGGAGCUGCUAACACCGGUCUUUCCGGAAGACCCGGCCACCAAGUGGACACAUCAAAACUCGAUGUUCUUAAACCGGGAUCGCCGUCGGCGGUUGCUGCCGUUGCAGCGAGAGCAGAAGGCGAACGUGUAGCCUUUGCCGCAGAUCGGUAUCAUUCGGUGCAAGACCUGGAAGCACUCCAGAGCAACCCAGGGAGCUUUACCAGCAGUAAUCCCUCGGCUUCAUAGAAGAGAUCCCAUAUGACUUCCAGUGGGAGGGACGUGACAUACUGGUCCCUAUGUUCUUGUCCACCAUGGAACGGGCACUGAUCACGCUAUCGCGUGCACGGCCUAGUAGUAUCGCUACAAGUACUAGCUGGAAGGAGCAGUAUCUUCAUCUUCCCCGGGGCGUCCAUGGAGCGCUUCCUCGCCGUUCGCUUUCGCACCAAACGAUGACACAACAUCUUUUGCGAGGUCUCUCUCUCUCUCCGGGGCCCGCGACUCCAUCGAGUAUUAUUCAUAGAAAUCAUUCAUAGGUGCCGAAGAAAUCAGAAAACGAUUCACUUAUAACACACAAUCUGUUCUUGCGCUGCUGGUGGUUGUUAGAUUUUCGCCAGGACGAAUUGGGGUCGCUCCUUUCUGAGAUUGUAGGUCUUCGAACAUUGGUAGGUAGUACAGUUUUGGCAUCAAGUACUGACCGACAGGGCGGGCCUGUCUGGUGGGUGCUGAUUGCUCGGAUAUUAGGCUUAGGUCCUCAUUUUUUUAUCCCAUAUUCUCAUCCGUAUUCGUUUAUUGAGGUAGCUAGUGUGUAAAACUAUCGCUUCCUCCACUGCGUGACGCACGCAUUACUUAGAUGACAGCUGAAGCUGAACGCACCACACGAGAAACUAUAAACCUAUCAUGUUAAUUUUCCGGGUAAUUUUCCCGCCAUACCCAUAUUUUAUAGAAGAAAGAGACGCUUCUUCCUCCCAUAUAGACGGAAUCGAGGUCCGCCUCGAUGAAAUCCAACAAGUUGAAGCGACUUUUACCAGACCCUUCUUACUUUGGAGGGUCGCACAUGCAUGGUCGAAAUUCAUGUGGACCAUUCUGUGGCUAAUUGCCUUUUUGUUCGCUAAAAAAUGGCCUUGCGACUGAACUCGAGUGUCAACGAUAAACUGAAGUAGUUUUUUUUCGAAGUGAAAAAGUAUGCCAGACGCAAAAACAAUUCG